ACGCCUCUUAGCCAAGCGUUUCUCCCCCAUUGUGUUCUCUCCCCCCACCCUUCCAAUCCCAAUCUCUUCUCUUCCCCUCUCGUUAGGGUUAGGUUUUUAUUUUCUCUCUCUCGAUUUCUCUCUUCGCUUCCACUUCCCAAAAUUCUCGAGUCAAACCUCGUGGCGUUCGGCCAUGGCGACGGCGGCGGUGCUCGGAUCCCACGACGCCCUCGACAACCGGAUGCAUCUGGGGGCCUUCGCCGUGUCCCCGGCGUCGAAGCCGAGGCGGAGGCGGCACAGCAAGGCGGCGUCGCCGCCCCCCAAGGUGGCGGCGGUGAGCUCGCCGCCGGUGGUUAAGUCGGCGGCGAGGGUGGCGUCGCCUCCUCCCAAGGCUGCGGCGGCGGCGGCGGUGCCUCAGGGGCGUCGCUCGCCGGUGGCGAGGAAGCAAGGGUCGCCGACGAAGGAGUUGCCGAAGCAGAGGCUCGUGAUGGGGGAGAUCCGGAUCCUCAAGCGCGGCGAGGAGCCGCCGGUUUCCUCGCCGUCGCCUGCUCCGGUUGCGGCGCAGGCCGCGGCGGUUGACCAGCGGGCGCCCCGUGUUCCGGCUGUGGCGCAAGCCGCGCCGACUGACCAGAAGGCGCCUCGCCCCGCCAGAUCGAAGCAGCAGCAGCACACGGCCGCUGUGCCGACGAAGAUCAAGUCCGUCGCCGACGCGCCAGUCUACGCCGGCCCGGCCUUCUCCUCGGCUUCGCCUGAGCCGAGCUCCCUCCCCUUCCCGGCCUUCAUCCGUCGCGCCGAGGCCGAGGCGACCCGCGGCCUCCGCUGCCUCCUCCGCAUCGGCGAGCUCCCUUGACGGCCUCUCUCACCGCCGUCUUCCCCGGAGCCGUGAGCCGUGCACGCUCCUCUCCUCGUUUCUCCUCCUCUUCUCUGAUGGAUGGAUUGCUUGGUGGUUUCGAUCCGAUCGAAAGCUUGUCCGGAUCAGAUCCCGGCUGCGUUCCGAUCAAACUCUCCCGGUAUUUUUUCAGAGGACGAGUUUGGGGGAACGCAUCUGCCGGUGGUUGGAUUUGGUAGUGGUUAGGUUUUCAAAAGUUUCGUGGUGGAAUUAUGUUGGGGGUUUGCUUCUACGAAGAACAACACUAGGUUGAUUAGUUCUUUGUCUUUUGAGUUUGGUUUUUAGGUGGUGUCUUGGUUGGGAAAAAUUGGGGUUAGUUUGGUGGAAAUUUAGGCUGGCUUGGUGUUGCUGAUCUGUUAGUACAGCAGUAGUGGUAAUAAUAGUAGAGGUUUGGUUAGAUGAAUAAUUCGUCGGUAGUGAUUGUGAUUUGUGGUUUGGUGAGCGUGAGUUCAAUGUCAGGUGAAGAAUAGUAGCACUAAAUUCGUGUUAGGUAUUAUGUCCAGUGUCAAAGGCAAGACAUAUAUAGUUCUUAUUAUCAGUAAUUAAGUUAUGUUAGGUGUUAUCUUUCUGUUCGUCUGUAAGAUAUAUAUAGAUCUUAUCGGGUAAUCAAAUCAACUAUGUAUCAGAUCCUCGCAGUGGUGAAUUUCAUUCAACACAUCAGUGGAUGUUUGGUUAUCUUCUUUUUUUUCU